GGUUUUCGUACGUUGGCAACGUUGAUCAAUAUGUAUGUUUGUAAAUAAUGGGGUUGUGAGAAUACGAUUUUCUUAUUGGAAACAAUGGCAUUCGAGACUCUGCAAACGGAGAAAAUAUGCCGCACUUGUCUCCUGGAUGACCAACACAUGCGAUCCGUCUUCUCCAUGGACGAGAGCCAGGGAGAAACUGUCCGAUUGCAAGUUAUGCUCAUGUCUUGCACCUCGAUCCAGGUAAUUGAAGGGGAUGGCCUGCCAAGCCAGGUCUGUCUACAAUGUGUGCACUACAUCACCAGAGCAUUUUCUUUUAAGCAACUGUGCGAGAGAUCUGAUGCUACUUUAAGGCAGCUUUUUGGUAAAAACAAUGUGACCUAUUUGGAAGAACUUAAGCAACCUGUUGAAUCAAUAAAAGUGAUUGAAGAAGAUGUGGAGAAGAUCGAGGUGCCGAUCAUUGACGAGGACGAUUUGUUAAAAAGUGAUUUAGAUCUUAAGCAGGCUCAGAUUAAUGCAGUUAAUGAAACUAUUGAUUUUGAUAGUGGGGAAGUUAAUCAGGAGAAAAAUGAUGAUGAGGAAGAAGAAGGUGAUGUGGAUGAACCUGAUGCAGGAGUUUGUGAUAAUAGUAACAAGAAAGAGGACGAGACUGAGCAGCCGAUUUACCCAUGCGAGGAGUGCACCCUGUGCUUCGCUAGCGUCUUUGAUCUGAAGGUGCAUCAGAGGACGCAUCCGAAGCCGUCUCAGCACAUCUGCAAGGUGUGCAACCAGGCAUUCGCCAGCGCGAGCACGCUGUGUCGACAUUCAAAAAUCCACGAAAGCGCCAAGCGACACCUAUGCAACGAAUGUGGAAAGGGAUUCUCCAGGUCCGACGAUCUGACUCGACACCUCAGGACACACACUGGAGAGAAGCCCUUCAAUUGUAAACUGUGCGCUAAAAGUUUCGCGCAAUCAUUCCGGCUGGUGGAACACAUGAGGGCGCACGCCAACGAGAAGAACUUUAUCUGCUCCGUCUGCAAUAAAGCCUUCUCCAGGUACACCAGUCUCACAGCUCACAGCAAAACGCACAGCGGCAUCAAAACACACGAAUGCACUAUUUGCGGUAAAAGAUUGAGCGGAUCAGGAUCGUUAACUAUGCAUAUGAAGACGCACACAGGGGUUAAAGAUCACAUAUGCUCGUACUGCGGCAAAGGUUUCACCACGCAGAGCAAUCUGGUGAUUCACAAGAGAACGCACACAGGCGAGAGGCCGUAUAUCUGCAGCGUUUGCGGAAAGGGAUUCCCGGAUCCUUCCAGGCUAACAGUCCAUACCAGGUCCCAUAGUGGCGAAAAACCAUACGUUUGCAAUAUCUGUGGCCGCGGCUGCGUCAGUUCUUCUCAGCUGAAAAAACACAUUCGGAUUCAUACCGGGGAAAAACCGUACAAUUGCAGCAUGUGUCCUAAAGCCUUUCCACGAUCCGAGGAUCUUCGGAUACACAUCAAAACCCAUACAGGCGAUAGAAAUCAUAUAUGCUACAUUUGCUACAAAGGCUUCUAUCAGGCAUCGACGCUUAAGGUUCACCUGCGAAUUCACACUGGCGAAAAACCAUAUACCUGUAACAUAUGCAACAAAUCCUUUUCACAGACGGGUCCGCUUUCUACGCACAAGAAAACUCACUAGCAUCAAGAACAGCGAACCUGAAAAUUCGAUUUAGACAGUGUCUUGCAAAAUUUAUAUGUUUCAACACCCUAUUGGCUGAAUUAACCAAAUUAAAACAGUAGAAUUUGGUCAAAGAUUACUGUUAAGUGACCUUUCCGUGUUCGCUACAUAGCGUUCUUGGCUAUGCUUCUAAUAAUCAAAUUUGUAAAUCCACACCAAAGUUGCAAUUUUGAUUGACCAAUUUUAUGAUAAAAUGUGCAAUGUUAAAAUUAGAUUUGCUAUUCGAGAUCUGCGGUCUGGUGCAUUAUAACCACAAAUUCCUACAAUAAAUGUCGACGGAAUCUCUUUUGUAUACAAAUUAUAAAAUUUCAUUCUGUUAUUAAUGCUGAAAUCAUAAUACAACACUAUUUUUGAUCCAAGUUGUAAUUUUGAAAGCAAAGCAAUGUGAAAAUGUCAAUGAUUAUUUAGCUUUAAGUCGAACCAAGGCUUUAUGUUUAUUUCUUUAUACGUACUACAAUUAUUUGUUGCUGAACGAAUUAAAAUAAAUUAUUUUAUUAUAAUCAAUUGUUUUCUGAUAGUAACACAAGCUGUCUACGUUAUUGGUGAUGUGAACAAAAGGAAACUUGAAAAAUGCGGUUAACCGGAAAUUUUAUCUACAAGUGCUGGUGCUGUCACCGCACGAAGGACGAAAACAACUAUCGUCGAUUUCACUAAAUUUAUUAAUAUAUAUAUAUAUUUAUAAUAUUUUUUGUUGCUAUUCGAUAUAUUCAAUGAGAUAUAUAUAUACGAAACAUAAACGAGUAUAUAUAUAUAUAUAUCUAUUUAACAAAAAAGGAAGGAGACGUGGCAGAUUAAAUUGCUUUGCUUGCUAAUGAGCGUGAAGGAGAGUGCGGAGCAACAACGAUGUACCGUCAUUAUGCGCUUGACU